CGCAUAACAACUCAAGUAUUUAAUAUGGUCAAAUCUGUGUGGUUCAGUUGGCAGCAAAGUCGCGAACGCGUAAGGAAAGGGCGUCUCCUCCGGCGUGAUGGUUUUCCUCUUAGCCGAGGCUGGCUGCAACGUCCAUGUAUCAGGCGACACCCUUCGUCGCUCACCGCCGAUGCUCGCAAAUUCCGUCGCCAUAUCGGCCGCCUCUCCUAAGCCGAAGACCGCUCUAUUGUCUCUCGCUUCUUCUCUGGCUUCUCCUCCUACAUCCAAAUCCCUCAAAACUUCCGCAGGGUUUAGAUACCCGUGAGCCAUGAUAGAGGCUCUUCUUGUAGGGAGAGCAUCGCUCGGGUGCUUUUACUGGUGGCUCCGAUCCAGUCGCAGAUACUGAAUCUGCUGCUCGAGAAAUUGCCCGAGCAUUUCAAUGCCGAUGCAGCAUGUGUAGGUCGUUCGUUGAAGGAUGACAUUGCGAGGUUAAUCAUGAACCAACUACGAUCGCUCGAUUUCCUUGUGGAUUCCGGUUCUUUUGCCGAAAAGCUUAUGGAGGUACUUUCUAUUUCCCCUCCCGGGCUUAAGAAGGAUCUAAUCGGUUCGCUUCCGGAGAUUAUUGGCGACAAAUGCCAUUCCACGGUCGUCAGCGUUCUUGAGAAGAUGCUCCUGGAAGAUUCAAACGUCAUUGUUCCCGUGCUCGAUUCUUUCACUGCUCUGAAUUUGGAUGAGCAGCUGCUGGAACAGGAUUUAGUAAAGAUGAGGACAUCAGAUUUGACACGUGUACCAUCGUCGGGAUGACGCAGG